GGCCUCUUGGGAUCGUUAUAGAGACAUAUCCAGGAAGAGAUGGAGUGAUACGUGGGGUAAUGUUGAAAACGCCAAAUGGAAACCUAGAACGACCAGUUCAAUUGCUUUACCCAAUGGAAUUAGCUUGUGAUCGACAGAGCCAUGAAGAGAGACCUGAUCUUAAUCCAGACGCUCAACCAUUCAAGCCAAAGCGUAAGGCAGCUGAAAAUGCAGCGGGGAUCAUCAAAUCGAUUGCUGACGAAGAAAACGAAGAGAUUUGAAACACUAACUAGAUAAUUAAUCCAUUUAGAUAUACAUCUUAUCUUCAGAUGUAUAGGGGGAGUGUGUUGGGAAUAAGUUAUGUUAAUUGAAUGUUCUACUGACAGAGAGACAAAUUCUCCUUAGUUGUUUUAAUUUCGUUAACCAAUAGGCUUAAAGGAAUUUUGAUUGAUGUUUUGUUGUAAAUGAGUUGAAGAGAGAGUCUGAGUGCGUGAGCAAUAUAUGUAUUAGAUAAACAUUGCCAGGGAAUAAAAUAUCGUUAUUAAAAAGCUUGAGUUGCUAGAUCUAUUCGACAUAUUCAAAGGGAAUAUUGCCUGGGCGACGGGCAAGAUUCACAAAAGUAUAGACUAUACAUAAUAUAAAUCCUUAGAUUGUAUAGAAUCCUUAGACUGUAUAGAACUUUAUUGUAUUUGACUUCGCUCACGUCAAAUAUACUUCAACCAGCAAAUUGUCACUUCAGUCUGAACUCCUUGUAUCAGCAGAAUUAACUUGAAUCAUACACAAUCUUCUGGUUGGUUGGAAAAUCGCCGUCUGUUUUAAAUGUCACAGAUUAAAGCUUAGACUUAAACUCGUCAAUCCUGUAUGUACGAAAGAUGACGCUUUUUUUGGUUGCAAUAUUCUCUGUCGUGUCGAUGAACAUGUUCGUUUUCUCGUUGACUCCACCAAAUUCAAGCAGAUCAGAGCUAAUCAAGUAUAUAAGUGCUGAUACUGAAAUUGCUGACAGUAUCUUGCGUGACUACGAUAAACGUUUUAUACCAACUAUAUCAGAUCCUUUGCAAGUGCAAAUCGAAGUUGUUAUUGAAGACAUUAUUAAAGUAGGAGAUAUGGAGGCCGAAAUGACUAUCUUUAUAAGACAAACAUGGUAUGAUUAUCGACUCUCGUGGAAUGGGACGAAGAGAAUAAAAGUCAGAGAACACUUUUUAGAUAAAAUAUGGAUUCCAGAUGUUCGCAUCACGAAUUUGAAAGAAAUUAAACGAUUUUCAGGACUCGGUGGAGUAAACAUGAACAUUCAUCCAGACGGAAGAGUGUAUUUAAGUCAAUUAGUCCACAUCGAAACAAGUUGUCCAAUGGAUCUACAUAGAUUUCCUUUGGAUAAGCAAACUUGUUUUCUAAACUUCUCAUCCUUCGCCUAUGCAAAAUCACAGUUAAAUUUCACAACAUCUUCAAGGAAGGUUGAAGUUCGUCAACGUCAACUUUCACAGUUUGAGUUUGUUGGUGCCGAUGAGUUCCUGGACGACAGUAGCAAUUUGCCUAGGCUUACAGUUUCUGUCAAAUUUGAAAGACGUGCAGGUUAUUAUAUACUUCAAGUGUAUAUACCGGCUUCAUUUCUUGUCGUACUUUCAUGGCUUGCAUUUCUCAUGGAAUCGUCAAAUAUCACGGAUCGUCUUACAUUGGAGAUCACCAUGAUUUUAUCGACUGUUUUUCUCCUCGACAGUAUCAAUAAUGGUGUUGCUCAGGUGUCCUACACAAAGGCUUCUGAUCUGUUUGUCAUUGUAAGCUUUGCUUUUAUUUUUUUUGCAUUAUUGGAAACAAUGUUGGUCUAUCGCAUUUGUCGGCUGUCCGAGAAAGAAUCAACGAAAACUAGUGACGUCGUUACAAGGUCACUUGAUAAGCAACUAAAAUCUUUCAACGAAAACCUCGCCUAUGAUCAUAAUAAAGAAACUUCUUUGAACAACUCUGUUGAUCAACUUCAAAUCUCAUCUUAUCAGGAGAACAAUGGUACCAUAAACACCAAAACAACAGAGGGAAAGAAAUCCACAGACAUAUCAUGUUUGAUCGAUAAAAUCAGCUUGGUUUUAUUCCCCUGCAUACAUUGGAUUCAACAUUGGAUACUGGUAUUAUUAUCUAAAUUAAGUGUUACUAAUAUAGAGAGAUGUUCGCUCAGUAUCCUCAUUCUUAGAUUAGUAGAAAAUAUACUGUACAAAGACACAAAUUACUCAUCGUUUUUGUUUGAUAGAUAUUGUAUCUGUUGGAGAAAGCAUCUCAAUAAAACUUGCUGGCAAAACAGCUACGACCAACCACUUUUUGAUAAAUUUCUCUCCUUUUUCGCGAGUCAUCACUCUUCAAACAUCGUCAGAAUUUCAGAAAGCAUUUGCUUUGUUUUGUUGAAUUCAAUAUUCUCCAUCGUGUUGAUGAACAAGUUCGUUGUCUCGUUGACUCCACCAAAAUUAAACAGAUCAGAGCUAAUCAAGAAUGUAAAUGCUGAUGCAAAAAUUGCUGACAGUAUCUUGCGUGAUUAUGAUAAACGUUUUAUACCAUCUAUAUCAGAUCCUUUGACAGUGGAACUUCAUAUUGUGAUAGCAAAUGUUCUUAAGAUAGCCAACAUGGAGGCCGAGAUGAUUAUCUUUAUAAGACAAACGUGGUAUGAUUAUCGACUCUCAUGGAAUGGGACGAAGAGAAUAAAAGUUCGAGAACACUUUUUAGAUAAAAUAUGGAUUCCAGAUGCUCGCAUAACAAAUUUAAUUGAAAUCACUCGAUUUGAGGGACUCGGUAGAGUAAACAUGAACAUUUAUCCAGACGGGAGAGUGUACUUCAGUCAAUUAGUCCGCAUUAAAACAAGUUGUCCAAUGGAUCUACAUAGAUUUCCAAUGGAUAAGCAAACUUGUUUUUUAAACUUCUCAUCCUUCGCCUAUGGUAAGUCAAAGCUAAGCUUCACAACGUCUUCAAAGAAGAUUGAAGUUCGUCAACGUCAACUUCCACAGUUUGAAUUUGUUCAUGCCGAGCAGUUCCUGCAAAAAAAUAGCAAGUUGCCUAAGUUCACAGUCUCCCUGACAUUUCAAAGACGUGCAGGUUAUUAUGUACUUCAAGUGUAUAUACCGGCUUCAUUUCUUGUCGUACUUUCAUGGCUUGCAUUUCUCAUGGAAUCGUCAAAUAUCACGGAUCGUCUUACAUUGGAGAUCACCAUGAUUUUAUCGACUGUUUUUCUCCUCGACAGUAUCAAUAAUGGUGUUGCUCAGGUGUCCUACACAAAGACUUCGGAUCUGUUUGUCAUCGUAAGCUUUGCUUUUAUUUUUUUUGCAUUAUUGGAAACAAUGUUGGUCUAUCGCAUUUGUCGGCUGUCUCAGAAAGAAUCAACGAAAACUAGUGACGUCGUUACAAGUUCACUGGAUAAGCAGCUAAAAUCUUGCAACGAAAACCUCGCCUAUGAUCAUAUUCGGGAAACUUUUGUAAACAACUCCGUUGAUCCACUUCAAGUCUCAUCUUAUCAGGAGAGCAAUGGUACCAUAAACACCAAAAUAACAGAGAAAAAUAAAUCCACAGAUAUAUCAUGUUUGAUCGAUAAAAUCAGCUUGGUUUUGUUCCCCUUCACAUAUGUUGGAUUUAACAUUGGAUAUUGGUGCUACUAUUUAAAUUAAGUUUUGUUUUUAUAGAGUCAGUCUUCUCAUUAUGAGUAGAAUAAUACAGUGUGGAAAUACGUAUCACUUAUAGAUUUUGUGCUCUCCGGAAUGUUAAAUGAAUUAAUCGUUUAGUCUUUAAAGUAAAUGGUUUGAACCCGUUA